AUGUGCGUUACUUCGAAGAGAAGAGUCGCAGACCUCUCCUAUCAAAAUCUAACAUCCUUUCCCUUACAUCUCCCCGAUAACACGGAAUAUUUGGACAUCUCUCACAACUCCAUCCAAAGUAUCAACAGUGGGAAUUUCACGCACCUGCCUCUGCUGUGUUUUCUGAAAGCAACUCAUUGUGGGCUCAGGGAUAUUUCUGCUAUGGUGUUUCAAUACAUUCCCGCACUCCAGGUUCUCAAUAUAUCCUUCAACGAUUUAUCAAUCAUUCCUGACAUUUCCCUGCCCCGACUGACAGUCUUGGAUUUGUCUGACAAUCUUUAUGAGACCUAUCAGCUGCCCGAAUGUUUUCAGAACCUUACAAAGCUUCAAGUGCUGUCAUUAGGAAGUAAAGCGGCCAUGUCAGUUCAGUUAAAUGACUUUAAACCUGUAAUGAACAUUUCCCUGCAACAUUUGCGGUUGAGUGCAAGAGUUCCCUGGCGAAUGUAUGAACCGGGAGCCCUUGGAAUGUUGUCCCUCCAGAAAUUGUCCCUCUUUGUGAACUUCUGCGGGCGCUUCGACUUAUUCGACAAAAUCCUAGUGGAUUUAAAUGCGACACGAGCGAGUGUCUUGAAGUUGAUCAGCAUGUUUUCAGACAACUGCAACAUCACCGGGGAACCAUUCCAGAAUUUUAAAGCAAUGCCGCAUGUGCGCAACCUCACCAUAGAGAACACUUGGCUAAACACCUCAUUCAUACAGACAUUUUUAAAAAACAUGUGGCUGUCUUCUAUUCAAGACCUCUCCUUUGUCAAUAUCACGUACAGUGAAGAUACAGAUGAUGGGUUGCAGUUUCGCCCUCCUAAUCGUAGUGAAACUGUUCGUGCUAUAAGUUUUGAUCGAGUUAAACAUUAUCAAUACAAGUAUCCUAAAUUUAACAUCAGUUUUGAGGAUGUUUCAAACCUGAACUAUGUUAAGUUUUCUGGGAGUGGCAUGAACAUUUUGCCCUGUAACAUCUUAUCCACCAUUCCAACAUUGGAGACCCUGGAUGUGUCAGACAACCUCCUACAAGAGUUGGACUUCUGGUGGCCCAUGUGUUCCUACACCUCAAUUUUCCCAAAACUGAAGCAUCUUUUGAUGAGCAAGAACCGUUUCACCUUGUUGUCCUUCAUCUCAAAAAGGAGUCAUGAAACGAAGCAUCUGGAAUCCUUGGAUUUGAGCUUCAACUCCAUCUACCUGGACAACAGAUGCACCUGGGCCAGUCACUUGAUUGAACUCAAUCUUGGGAAUAACAACCUUGGAAACAAGCGAAUACUCUUAGAGAAAACGGGAAUAACUGCCUUAACCCAAAAGGACCUGUCUCAGUUUCCCAAGCUGAAAUACCUCGAUCUUAGUUCUAACAGAAUCCAGGUGCUUCCAGAGCAUCUCAACGCCCCGAACCUGAUCAGUCUCUACGUGGACCAGAAUGCGAUCAUAACUCUUUCUCAGCAAGUCUUGCAGGGACUUCCUAAACUGCAGAACAUCAAAGCUGGAAACAAUCCCUUCAGUUGCUCCUGUGACCUACAUUGGUUCAUCACAGACUUAAACAAAUCUUUGCUUUUGGACUGGCCCUUGGAUUAUUCCUGUAGCACCCCAGUGAAGUUGGCAGACCUGCCACUUUAUGAGUUCAAAACCAGUGUAAUCUCUUGUGAGACAUGGCUCCAAACUAUCGUUGCUUUCUCUGUCUUACUCUUGGUUGGAACAACUUUGGGCCUGCUUUUUUAUAAAUUGGAUGGCGUGUGGUACACAAAGAUGUUAUGGGUGUGGAUUCGGGUGAAAAGGAGAGGCAAGAAACGUUCGCACCUACUGAACAAAAUAUCAUUUUCUUACCACGCAUUCGUCUCAUACAGUCACCAGGAUUCCCACUUUGUGAGCAGUGAGCUGGCGCCCGCCUUGGAGAAAGCCGGCUUUUCGCUUUGUGUUCACGAGCGUGACUUUGUCCCCGGCGAUUGGAUCAUCGACAACAUCAUCAACUGCGUGGAGUCCAGCUACAAAACACUCUUCGUCCUCUCCAAACAUUUCGUGCAGAGCGAGUGGUGCAACUACGAGCUCUUCUUCGCCCAGCACAGAGCCAUCAACAUCCAGCAGGACUCCUUGGUGUUCAUCCUGUUGGAAUCCAUCCCGACUGAUAGCCUGCCCAAAAAGUUCUUGAGAUUGAGAAGCUUGCUCCAGCAGCAGACGUACCUGGAAUGGCCCAAAGAUGAGCGGAAGCAGCAAGUGUUUUGGGCAAGUCUCCAAUCCAUGUUGCGGAUGGCAGACAAAUCUGUGGCUUUGAAGAAAUUAGCUGUGGAUAUUGCAGAUACAGUGGCCUUAAUUUCCGACCAGCCUUGA